UCAAAUCCUUCGCCGCCACCACUCCACCAAAUUCCCCUCGGGAUCCAUCCCGAGCCAACCACCUCUCCACGUCCCCGAUCCAUCCACCAACCAGCAUCGCCUCCGACCAAGUCUCUUGUUUUCCGCCGCCACCCGUCGCAUCUUCCUCGGGAUCCAUCCUGAUCCCGCAGCCAAUCCUCCACCUCUCCUCGAAUUCAUCCAUCGGCCAACCAAAUCCCUCCACCUCCCUCACCGACUCUGGACGCGCCCGCGGAUCCGGCCGUCUCUCGCCAUGCCCGCGCCAUCCCCAUCCCCGGCGUCGUUCACGCCUCUAGCCUCGCUCCCAGCCUCCCGCAAGCAGAGGCCCCGCGAACCUCUCGCUCCCUUGAGCUCGCCGCUCCUCCCGAUCCAACGCGCCCUCCGGCGACCACGACCACGACCAGGCCAAGCCUUGCCAUCCCUAGCCUCCCCCUCGCCAUCCCUCUCUCUCCCGUUGCUAAACUCUUUCCCUUUCCCUGUGUUCUUCACGCAGGAGCUACAGUAGGCCAUGGCGCCCUCUUUUUCCUCGCCGGAGCACCGCAUCGCCCGCGCGUUCCCAUGCUUCAACAGAGCACGGCGCCAUGCCUGCCUCCUUUGCCUCGCGCUCGUUUACCGCCGCCAAGUUCGUGCUGCCAUGCCCCGCCGCUGCUGCUGCAAGUCCCGCUCCGUCCCAGCCUCUUCCCCGCCGUCCUGGUCUUCUCCUCGCGCCCAGACCUCCUCGUCGAACCUCGCCGGAGUUCUUCCAUGACGCCAGCAACAGCAGCAGCCGCUGCACCCUCUCGCCGCCGUUUUUGCAGGAGCCUGCCGCCCAUGGAGCUCCUGAAGGUUCCCGUCGCAUCCGCCUCAUUCCAGGGAGGGACGCCCUCGCGCCAUGCCAUCGCCCGGAUCAGCCACCCAUCGCCGGAGUUACUCGCUGGACCUCUGCACCCGCCGGCCUCCCUGCUUCUGCUGCUUCCUGCAUCGGUCGUCGCCGUCUUGCUGCUGCAUCGAGCCGCUCCAAGCCGCCGCUGCAUCCCCUGCUUCGAGCGACAGAGCACAACGGGUCAUGCCCGCGUUGACCAGUCGCCUCGCUCAUCCAAUGCCUCGUCCCGCUCCUCGCUGGUUGACCGCGACCACACCUGGGCUGCAUCUCGCGCAAGGCCCAGCCGCGCCCCUUCAGCCAUCCAGCCCACCAGAUCCGAGCCACGGCCCAUGGAUUUCAGGCAAGAUGACCAUACCCUCGAAAUCACUUCUAUCUUUGCUUGCUAG